CCACUGAACACGAACAUUACUAGAUGGAAAAUACCUCAAUCUUGAACUAGAAUUUGCAGAUCUACAAAAAGUCUCAACUAGAACUGCAGGCAAAGCAUUAGGUCAUUUUUAACCGUAAUCUAAUAGCUCACUGCGAACAUAAAAUGGGUUUGCAAGGCACUGGCCUUCUCCUUCAGUGUUACCUGAUGCUGGCUGCAGCCAUGUUUUUUAAUAUUGGAGAGCAGGAGGAGAAAUGCAUCAUUGAGGAAAUUCCUGAAGACACACUGGUGACUGGGGUUUUUCUGUUGGAGCCAUGGGAUAUGAAGGUGUUAUCUCAAUCCCCUCACACUGGCCUCACUGUGACAGUAAAAGAUCCAAACUAUGAGACUCUGAUGUCCAAGCGUUAUGGGAAAUUUGGUAAAUUCACCUUCACAGCUCACGCCUCUGGUUCGCACGUUCUUUGCUUCAAAACCAACUCGACAAAGUUUUCUGUCUUUGCUCGUGAAAGUCUGAAGCUACAUUUGGAUGUACAAAUGGGAGAGCACACGAUCGGCCACAGCGCUGACAGGACCAAAGACAGCAUGCAGUCCCUGGAGAACACUCUUAGACACCUAACAGAGCAGAUGGUUCACAUCACCAGGCAUCAGGGGUUCCAGAGGGAGAAGGAGGAGGCAUUUCGUCAGAUCAGCGAGAACACCAACAGCAAAGUGUUGUGGUGGGCUGUAGUGCAGACCUCCCUUCUGCUGGCGGUUGGUUUCUGGCAGAUGAAACGACUCAAAGACUUCUUCAUUGCGAAGAAACUGGUCUGAUGAAGACCUCUCACCAGCCUCACUGUUUUUGCCUGUAUUUCACACAUCUGUACCAGUGCACUUUGAGUGCCCUAGGACUGUAAUACUUAAUAAAAAGAUUUUUUUUUUUUUUACCCAAAAGCUGGUGAGAUGCUCAUACAAUAUGGUGUUUAAGACUACUGUACAGUUGUGGUCAGAAUUUUACAUGCAUAUAUACAUAUACCCCAUUUGGUUAAAUGUCCAUUAGCAAGCUGCACCUCAACCAGACACUUUUUGUAGCAAUCAACAAGCUUCUGGCUGGAUAUUUGAUCACUCUUCUUGGCAGAAUAGGCAGGGUUCAUUUAAAUUGGUUGGUUUCCUGGCAUGGACCUGGCUUUAAGCAUAGUCCACAAAUUUUCAAUAGUGCCGAGGUCAUAGAAUUGGGAAAGCCAUUCCAGAAGCUUAAUGUUAGCCUGUUUUAUCCAUUCCAAAACCAAUUUUGAUGCAUGGGAUCAUUGUCCUGUUGGAACACCCAACAUCCAAGUUUCAGCUAUCUAACUGUUGAUGUGAGAUGAAAUUGAAGAAUUUGGAGUUGGUUCUCCUUCUUCAUUAUUCCAUCCACUUUGUACAGUGUAUCAGUACCGCUGGCAGCAAAACAGCCCCCGAGCAUGAUGAUG